AUGUUGCUCAUCUCGAAUGGUGUGCUGAUAACAAUCGCUGGUGAUUCUUCCCAUAGAAGGUGGAGUUUCUUUCGUCAAAGAGCCAACAUUGUUGAGGAGGAGUCGAGUGAUGAUUCAGAUAAAGAUUUGUAUGCUUUUGAGCAGCAUGAAAUGCAAAAUGCUACUCAAAUACUUACCACGAUGGCAUCACCUGGUCCUGUCCAACCAAGGACAUGCAUUAACAUUCAUAGAGAUCGCGAGAUGGCUCACAAUGAUCUUGUGCGAGAUUACUUUGCACCAAAUUGUACUUAUCCUCCUCAUAUGUUUCGACGAAGAUUUCGUAUGCGACAGGAAUUAUUUCUAAGGAUCAAGGACGAUCUAGAAGCUACAUACACGUAUUUUCAGCGUCUUCCUGAUUGCACCGGACGACUGGGUUUAUCUGCUAUUUAG